ACGAGAUUCCGCCGGCCGACGCGCGAUCGAACAGAAGAAAACGUUUCGGCAGCUGCCCGGUUGCGAUCGGCGAGGGCGGCAGCGGUUCCAUUUUACCCUCCCCGUCUGACUUGCUGUGCACCGUGGCCUCAGUCGCGAUGAUACCGGAACAUUCGCUGCAGCUGCCUUCGUCCAGCACCCACGUCUCGCUGACCCAGGCCACCAGCACCCGCAGUCCGUCCUGGCCCCUGGACGAGAGACGCCAACAGGAGGGCAAGUUCAGCGGCAGUCGUGAAGGACGCAGGCCUUCAAGAAAGAACUCCUCCAGGCGCAACGCCAUCGCUGAGCUGAGCAACGCCAUCCUGCAGUUCGGCGUGAACCUGUACCGCGCGCUGCGAUCUGGUUCCGCUACGGCGGCGAGCGACACGCUGCCGGUUCAUGACCAUCUAGAAAACGUGCUCUUGUCGCCGUACCUGAUCGCCAGCAUGAUGCAGCCCAUGGCAGCAGGCGCACGUGGUGAAACGGCCGCGCAGAUUUUCCGCCUCUUCCAAUGUCCCGAAGUGGCAGGCGUCGAUGGACCAGACAUAGGAGACCAGGUGGUGCGGUACUUCGCGUACCGAGACAAGCGUCUCUUGCCGGACGGCCGUCGGAACCGCUACCAGCAGGCCGGCUUCACGACCCAGUACGACUGCUGCCUGCACAGGGACCGCCGGGUGGCACUGAAAGAAGACUUCGAGGAGCGACACCUGAGGCGGCUGUGUGAAGACUCGGUGCCGUCCUCGUCCCAGAGCGGCGGUGCCGGAAGCGGCUCCGACAGACGUCGCCGCAAGCGCCCACGCUGUGGCCGUCUUCUUCGCAGCGAGAGCCACGACUUCGUGAACGACUCGGUCCACCAGCGUUGGAAGAUCGAGACUGAGCUGAAGGACGCUGUGCCACUUCUGGGAAAAGGUGCUGCCUGCGAGGCACUUCCGCGUGGCUCAGUGGACGAGCACACGUCCCUCGUGCUGCUCAGCGCCGUCGCAGUCAAGGGCCGUUGGCGACGCCGCUUCCACCCAGCCCAGGUGAACGAGGGGAUCUUCUACGAGCCUUCUUCGGAUGGAGCAACGGGAGGAGUGCAGCAGACGGCCAGCUGGAAGCCACGCGCGGUCAUCAUGAUGCACCAGACAGGAAACUUCCGCAUGGCCGAUAGCGCUGAGCUCGAGGCUACGGCUCUUGAGCUUCCUUACAAGUCCGGCGCACGGUACCUUGUCGUUUUUCUACCUCGAAGACAAGACGGCCUCGACACGCUCGAGGCUCGGAUGACCGCCGCCAACCUGGCACAGUGUCUGCGCCAGAUGAAGAGGCGCAUGGAUGUCGACCUGACGCUGCCCAAGUUCCACGUGCGCGCAGCGACCGACUUCGCGGCGGCGCUGUCGUCGAUGGGCGCAGAUUUGCUUUUCGACCGUGGCGCUGCCGACCUUUCCGGCAUGUGCGCAUCCGAGGGCGCGUUUGUGUCCGUCGCCAGGCACGCGGCGGCCUUCCGCACCAGCUGGAAAGGACGCGUGAGCCGCUCCCCCCCACUCAUGCCGUCGAUGCAGCACGAGAAAUUCACUGUUAACAGGCCGUUCCUGUUUCUGGUGCUGAGUCGGAGACCCAACGCCGUGCUCUUACUGGGAUCCGUGAGGAGCGUCAGACCUCACUUCUGCCCGGAGCUCCUCCCGUCGGCCUAAACUAAGGGACCACUGCAAGCGCCUUAUGAUCAGAACGCAAUAAUGAGUUUAUUUGUGUUUCGUUUAUGUUACGCAGAACUUCUAUUCGUUAGAUAAAUGACUGCGCGAGCUACACGAGAGUAAGGUGUGUCCAAUUCUCUGAACAAUCCGAGAGAUGGCGUAAUGGGUGCUCACCCACCACUCGCCGCAUUUUCGAAUUGUUCGCGCUAAUUAAACACUUACACUAAAUCACGUUUUCAUUUCAGUAACUUAGAAACAACGCUUAUCGAUUAUCACUGCAGUUAUUGUGCAGAAAUUUCGCAAAAAGUUCUAUUUUCGUGGGAGCAAUACCAGUCGUAUGUCUGCAACAGCACGAAUCAACACACCGAGGAUGUGCGCAUACAUUAAUUUCUAUAGGACACAAGCUGAGAAAAAGAUCAAGUACCUCAUUCAGCGAAUCGUGCCAAAUGUGAAUCAUGCUGGGACUAGCGCUUUCGAAUUCCCCCAAUA